CCCCCCAGGACCUCAUACGUGGUUUGUUCCGUCUGUUCCUUUCACCGCCCCCCCCUUCCGUCGCGCUGCACUUGGUUUGGUCUGGCCGAGGGGUGGGUGGGAGUCUGCGGUGAUUGACACAUCGUGUGCGCUUCGCCCCGCCCCCCGCGCGGUGUGAUUGGCCCCGCCUGGGUUCCGGUUCCGCUCGGGCCAUGGCGGCGGCGCGCGCGCUGUAAGCGCUAUGGCGGCCCCGCACGCAGAGAAGCUGGAGGGAGCGGUCCCGGCCCCGCCGCCCCCGCCGGGGCCCCCGCACCCCGCGGGCAGCGCUGCCGCCGGCGGGCCCGGCCGGAAGCAGGGGAAGGCAGGGCUGCAGAUGAAGAGCCCCGAAAAGAAGCGGCGCAAGUCCAACACGCAGGGCCCGGCCUAUUCGCACCUCUCGGAGUUCGCCCCGCCGCCCACUCCCAUGGUGGACCACCUGGUUGCCUCCAAUCCCUUCGAGGAUGACUUCGGGGCCCCCAAGGUGGGGGCGGCCCCCGCCCCCUUCCUGGGCAGCCCCGUCCCCUUCGGCGGUUUCCGCGUGCAAGGGGGGAUGUCGCCUCAGGUGCCCCCUGGUUACGGCGGGGGUCCGCAGCCCCUGCGGAGGCAGGCCCCCCCUUUCGCCCCCGGGCAGAUGGGCCCGGCCUUUAGCAUGCCCCCUCAGAAUCCAAACUACGUGCAGCCGGGGGGCUUGACCUUCGCCGGGCAGCCCUUCAGCCAGCCCCUUGGACAGAACUUCAGCCCCCCGAUGGGGCAGCUCAUGCAGGGGCCUGUUGCGGGCUUCGGGCCCAUGAUGUCCCCCACUAUGGGGCAGCCCCCGCGGGGGGACAUGGGCCCCGGGCCAGCCCUCAACCCCCCCGGGGGACCGGCAGUGGCUCAGCGCUUCAGCCAACCCAGCAACCUCUUUGGACAAUCGCCCAUGCAGCGCCCCGGGCAGAACAUGCCACCCCUGCCUCCCACAGCCAGUCCCUUCGCUGGGGCGGAUCCCAGCUUCCCUGCUAGCAGCGAGGAGGGGGGCAAGAACCCUCCCCCCAGCACCUUUGCCCAGGAGCAGCACUCGGGCUCCCCCGCCACCGUCAACGGGGCACAGCCUGCUUUCGCCCCCAACAGUGCUGGCCGCAGUGCCAGCACUCCUGAGACCAACAGCCUCCCACUGCCACCCCCCGGCAAGGCCACCAGCACCUCCGGGCACCAGCCACCACCAGGGCUCGUGUACCCCUGCGGGGCCUGUCGCAACGAGGUGAACGACGACCAGGACGCCAUCCUGUGCGAGGCCUCCUGCCAGAAGUGGUUCCACCGAGAGUGCACGGGGAUGACCGAGAAUGCCUACGGGCUGCUCACCACUGAGGCCUCUGCUGUCUGGGCCUGCGACUUCUGCCUCAAGACCAAGGAGAUCCAGUCGGUCUACAUCCGGGAGGGCAUGGGACAGCUGGUGACCGCCAACUGAUGGCUGAGUCACCCUUCAGCUGCCAUGUACAGCUUUCCCCCACUGAUAUAGGACCAAACCCUCAUUUUUUGUAGCUGUCGCCCCCCUGCCAGCCAGAGAGGCACUGCCAUGCAUUGGCUGUUGCUGCUCACCGGGCACUGCCUGCCAGUGGGACCCUCCGGGGGCUCUGGGACGGUGCUGGCUGUGCCGUUGUCAGCCCUGUGCUGUGGGCAGGGCUCUGGCCCCGGUGCACCGGCUCUGUGAGGGCUGAGGCUUCCUGGUGCUCCACAGUGCUGCCCUCAGGUCAUUGCCCUUGCUGGGGGCACCUCCUGGGCUGUGCAGCAGUCCCUGGUGCCCCUUCUGCAUUCACGGGGCAGUCCCGGUGCCCCCUGCUCCGGUGCUCGGGAUGGUCCCGGUACCCACUCCCCACCCCAGGUCCGUCCGUUUUAGCCAAUCGUUAACGGAAAUUUUUGUACCGUCGUUAUAAAACUCUUAAACGCG